AUGGAAAAUCAAAGAUUCAAGAUGGGAGUAGUGAGACCAGAUCACCACGAUCACACUCUUUCGACUUCUUUCGAAAAUUAUACCUGUAUUAAAGCUGAAUGGCUCCGUAACAUUCCGGACAAUGCUUCAUCGUCGGUGAAGCCAAGCCCGGAUGUGCGUACGCUGGCUAACGAGGAUACCUCAGACGAGUCACUUGGUGAAUUCGGAAUGCCUUGCGGUAAUGAUGUUCGAUAG